GUUUACACUAUAUGAACGUUAUCUCGAACUCUUAUCAAAGGUGAGCCGGAAAAACGUUUGUUUAUCCAAUGAAGCACAGAACAAAGGAUCUUAUUCCCACUCAGCAAACACCGACGCACAGACAUAUUCGCACGGAAGCCAAACCUGGGCUCAACUAACAGUAACAACGGCAGGAGAGAGACAGAGACUGGAAGUGAAGGAGACGUGCACACGAGAGAGAGAGAGAGAGAGAGAGAGAGAGAGAGAGAGAGAGAGAGACCGGUUCACUGAGACAUUCACCUCCGAGCUGUAACCAUGUUGGAUCGAGUGUACGGACUUCGGUCUACUCCCUGCCUAAGUUCAAAUUUCAGUGCUGAUUGGAAGAUGCGCGUGGCAUUGGUCACCAAUCUGGUCGUCUUGUUUUGUCUUUCGAAACCUGUAGCCGGCAGUGCGAUCAGGCCAAAAGGCGGCCUUUUGAAUGUAACCCAACCUGAGGUCAGAUCUCCAAAGACUCAGAAAUGGUUCGAACUCGAGCCUCCUCCUCGUCAGCGCUUCGUCAGGAGCAAAAACGACGCCUGUCCCCCGUCCCAGCCGGACCCAGCCGCCUCCAUCUUCAACUUCCUGAGCAGCACCGUCUUGGUAACAAACGUGGCCGUCAACAUGAUCGUCAGCAUCAACACCUACAACAACAAUAACAACAACAAUGACAAUAAUAACAACAACAACGACAACAACUUCAAUAGCAACUCGCUCAUGUUCACGAGCAUGAACACUAAUAUGAACACGGCGAUGCUGCCGGGAAAGAGAAAAAGAAGAAGUAGAACCACAACAAACGCCGAGUGCAGCUGUGAAAGUGAGACCCCAGAUAUGGUCGAAUUUAGAACCGGAAGAGAAUCUACAGGUCCAGAUUCUCCCGCUCUGGAGAUGAGGCAGGCAGAGGCUUAUCAAAAUGAUAUGCGUGUGCCAGAGACUUCCACUGACGUAGUGAAUGAUGUGUCCAGCGUUUCAGGGAGUUCCAGAGGCGAAGUGCAAGGAAUUUCUGCCGUUCCAGAGAUUUUCAUAGAUGCUGUGAGUGACAUGUACAGUGUUUCAGGUAGUUCCAGAGACGGAGUGACAGGAAUAUCUAGCCUUCCAGAGAUUUCCAUAGACACAGAAAACACAAUGGCUAGUGUUCCAGGUAAUUCAAUAAACCCAGAGAACCAAGUUCCCAAUAUACUGGAGAGGACACCUUCAAAUUCGACAGAGAUGAGCAACAACCCAUCUUGGAAUCAUUCAGAAUGGAAUGUACUCAACUGGAACAUCAUGGAAUGCGUGUCUUGGUUUAUCUGCCAAAGGCUUAAGAGCAAGCAAGAGUCUUCAGUAGCCGCAUGGAUUAUGGAAAAUAUGACCGUCUCCAUACUGGAAAUGGAAAUUGCCUCUUUCCUAAACAAUAAACAAAUUGCUCUUCUCAGAAGAGCCAUUUUUAAAGGAAGAUAUUCUACCAGCUGUGAUCAUCUCUGGAAGAAAUGCCACUCUUUGAUGUGAACUGUUUGUGACGAAGUGGGAAACUGAAUGACUGAGUUACUGUUAUAACUGUUAUAAUCUAACAUGACAUUGACUGACAUUGGGCAUAGACAAGAAAUAUGUUAGUUUUCAAAAUAAUUUAUUAUUUGCACAUUCAAGAAACAAUAUUAAAAAUGUAUAAUGUCAUAUAAUAGCUAUUUAUUUAUAUACUGCGUGUCUCAUAAAUCGACCAUGUAACGUGAUACUCGUUCAUUAAUAAAAAAAAAUAUUAUUACAAUGUUAUCCUUUCAUUUCAUUAUUAAUAUUUCAGAGUAGCAUGAAGUCACCAGUAAAUGCAUUUAAGUUAAUGUUGCUUUUGAAUUAUACUAUCAGGUAUUUCUUUUGAGUUACAAAAAUACAAAAUAAUUGCUAAGAACUAUAUAUAUGUUUACUCUGUCCUUUGCAUACAUUUUAAGCAUCAAACUUUCAGAGUGGCUCUUGUAUAUAGAAGAAGAAGGGUAGCUUCUGUCUUCUGUAAGCUUUGGAAUUUCCUUCUUCCCUGUGUAUUACCCAACUCUUAGGACGCGAUUACACCUAAAGAAUCGACUGAUUCCAUUCAUGGAGAAUCAUUCGACUCGAGUCAUUCUGAAUUAUCACCGUUCACACUGACUGAAUAUGGGUGCAUGAACUUAAUGCUGGAAGACUUGAA